GGUAAAGCUCAAAAGUUAAGCCGACACAUUGCUUCACUGAGACACCAAACGACCCACCUCGCCUUCUUUCUCUCCGUCUCUUGAGAGUUUGCAACAGAAGCAAAGAAGAGUAGCAAUGGCAAUGACCACAUGGGUUCUUUUGGCUUCUCUUCUUGUUGUCUCUGUUUCUGCUGCUACUCAAAUGAAAGUUACUAAUAACCCUGCGGAUGAGUUAGUGGCUGUGCUUAACGCUAAUAGAACUGCACACAAAUCACCUUCCCUCUAUGACAACCCUGGAUUGGCCUGCAUUGCCUUGCAGUACAUAAAAGCGUACGAAGGUGACUGCGGUGCUGUAGGAGGUCCAGAUGCCAAGAAGCCAGCUGAUUCUGAGUUUGUUGAAGCUUUUGCUCCAACCUGUGGUGUUCAAGUCUCAACCCUCUCCCCAAUCACCGGUCGUUUACUUGGCUGCGAGACUAAAUAUGUCCCUGCUGCCGAAGCGUUUUCAAACAUUUUGAUUGAAAGCAAUAAGAGCUUGGACAUUCUCUACAAUAAGAACCACACUGAAGUCGGAGCUGCUGUGAGUGGCAGUGAUGGUGGUUCUCCAUAUUUCUGGUGUGUGUUGUUCAGCGGCGGCAAAACUAACAGCAGCUUUGUUCCCGAGGAAGGUGAGGUUAAGACAACAAGACCUGGGUGCUUUAGUGGUGCGAAUGAUGACUGCAAUGGCGCUUAUGAUUGGUCUAGAAGGAGUCGUGUGUGGGCAUUUUUCACCACAGCUCUGAUUGCAAUGGGGUUUGCCUUGGGGUUAUAAUGAUGUUGUAUGAGAAUCUGGACUGGUUUCCACUUAAUUUGGGGCCUUUUUUUUGUUCUGAUGUAUUAACAGGCAAGGCCUUUGUAGUCUGUUCUGUGUUUCUCGCUUUCAAUGUAAGUGUAACUGCGAGAUUAAUGCCAUUCAUGCUAUUCUGUUCUGUUUUGUGUCCUUGCUAACCAAGCUUUACCUCUUUUUCCAGUGUGUGCGUCUGUACAUAA